GCGUGCGUGCGUACUCACUGAGUCAAUGUGUUUGUUGAGGUGGUGGCGUGGAAGUCAUUCGGCAUCUUGAGUAGUUGGACCAAUUCAUAACAAUAAGUCUCCUUAAAGCAGUUUUCCUAUUUUAAUAGCUCAUCUAUUUCCGUUUCUGUAUUCCCGUCGGAAUGGAAGCGACUGACACACGGGCGCACCGGGCACAACUCGGUGGUCGGUGUUAGGUGCGCGCACUCGCCGGGGACACGAGCACCGGCGACGGGUUGGGGCACCGAGGGGACGGCCCACUUCCACGAGCGAGGACUACCAGCCUGAGAACCGAUGAAUAACCCCACGGUGUCCGUCAGCUGAGUGCCGAGAUGAUAACCACGUUUUUCCCGGUGAAGAAACUGCGGAGGAAGGGAAAAUGUGUCCUGUUCGGGGCCAUUCUGCUGGUCGCAGCGGUGGCCGUCUACCACGAGAUGGUCGCGGCCAAAGAGUGGAGCGAAGGCACCGGUAUUAAUUCAGAUGACCGGAGUGGCUGGAGGGGUGCCAGACUUGACCAAAGGGUCGGAGCGGGUUAUCCACUGGAGGAGUCCGGACUUCUGCUACAAGCCUGGAAACCAGAGUAUAAAGGCCAGGCCAAUUUGCAUGUGUUUGAGGAUUGGUGCGGCAGCUCCACGGACAGGCUGCGCCGAAACCUGCACUACCCGCUCUACCCUCAUUCCAGGACCAUAGUUCACAAGCUAGCCAUCUCCCCACAGUGGACGAACUACGGUCUCCGGAUCUUUGGUUAUUUACAUCCGUACACUGACGGAGAGUUUGUGUUUGCGUUGAGCUCUGACGACAACUCGGAAUUCUGGCUCAGCACAAACGAUUCUCCCUCUAAUCUACAGUUACUUGCAUGGGUAGGAAAGACUGGCUCUGAGUGGACAGCCCCAGGCGAGUUUGAGAAGUAUGCCAGUCAAAUCUCCACAGCAACUCAGCUUUCUGCUCAGAAGAGGUACUUUUUUGAGCUGAUCCACAAGCAAAAUGAAAGAGGUACUGAUCAUGUGGAAGUGGCUUGGAAGCUGUUGGAUGAGGACUUCAGAUUCGUUGUCAUUGAGUCCAAGUAUAUCUCUCUCUAUGUCAAUGAAUCAUCACUGCUAAUGAGUGACGUUGCGCACAUACCGCAGACGGUGGCAAGCUACCGACGUCGUGCUCCUUGGAACUACAGUGCCGUUUCUGCAGACCUGUUGAGGGAAGACCCGCGGGACACUUUCCACCAAGUGCCCUUGAUAGGUGGUGAUUUUCUGGAAGGAGUUCUGCCCGACUGUUCCUACAAGCCCAGCUACACAAUCAAAGACUUCCCGCUCACACGAUACCAAGGUCUCCAGUUUGUUCAUAUGUCCUUCAUAUAUCCCAAUGACUACACACGACUCACACACAUGGAGAAAGACAACAGCUGCUUCUACCCAGAGAAUCCCAGCUACAUGAAGAUGUUUGGGUUUUCUCGAUACAUGAGACUAAACGGACCUGAUGGGUUAAAAAAGGAAAAAUCAACCAGUGACGACAGCUUCCAGAGAAGAAAGUCAGUCCUGGAGGAUGACAAAUUUGGCAAGGACAUCUAUCCCAACCGCAUGGAGGUCAAAAUGGCCCAUCAGAGGCAUAAUAAUCUUUUCUCCGAUUAUGGCGAUGAUUACGACGACUACGUCCUGAAACGGAGGCGCAAACUUUUCUCCACCGCUUUGAGUGACUCUGACACCUUGAAGAAGUCACCUGACGCCAGUCGUCAUGAAUCUCGCUUGGGUAGAGGCGUUGUACCUCGUCAGAAGAAAGUAGCAGAGCCUCUUCAUUUGGUGGCCACGCAAAGCUCCAAGCAGGAGACGCCAACAGCGGUGAAACCACAGAUGGCUGUUAAAAUAGCAGCGAAUGUAAAACCUAAGAGAAAGCAAAACUCUGCAAAGAGACCAAAUCUUAAAUCAGUGGAAAAGACGCAACAGCUCAAGCCACCUGUAAUCAAAAAGAAACUUGGAACAAAGCACACCAAUUCUACAUGGUUGAGUGUUAAAAUGAACCAAACCCACGUCCAGACGAAUAAAAAGUCUCUUCAGGCCAUCAAUGCCGGUGCGCCAAAGCUCGCUCCCACGGAAGACUCAAAACUGCGCUUUAUGAACAGCAAGAGGUCCAACGGUGAUUCCAAAUUUGACGUCAAGAGCUCUUUGGUAACAGCCAAACAGAGAUACGCAGAUAACAGAAAAAAGUAUACGGAAAAAGUGAUGGAAAUGCCUGGACUGCGGGACAUGGAAAAAAAUCUUAAAGGCAAGUCAGCCCAAAAAUGGUCAAUAGCAAGCAAGGACAAAGUUGUUCCCAAAAGGGAGGAGAUUCGGAGAGAUCGAGAGCGUGACACUGACACUUUAUGGGGCGCAGGGGGAGAUUUCGAUGAGGAGGAGCUCACCCCUGCACCUGGGUUCGACGUCAAAGUGGACUGGAAUCAGACCUUCCACAUCAAUCACGUUGACCUGCAGGCAAUGCGGUCCGACUGGAUCGACCUCCACUGCAAUGUUUCGGGUAACUUGCUGUUGCACUCCAGGGAUGCGCUGCCCAUUGCAAAAGCUUUUGUGACCCAACUCAACGAGAAGAAUAAACAUAGUCCCUUCACGCUGGUACGUGUGGUUAACGUGGAGAAGCGAGUGGAUGGUGUCCAGGGCAGCCGCUACCUCCUGGAGCUGGAGCUGAAAAAUGCCAAAGGCCAGCUGUUGCGCCUGUCGCACUAUAUCUACGCACUGAUCCGCAACCGCGCUCGCCCACGCAGCCAGGAUUUAGGCUUUCGGAGGCCAAAACCUCAGCUGGUGCUGUGCAACCCUGUCGGCUUCUACUGGAACCCUGUGGCAAUGAUCCAUUUCAUAGUGCCGGUGAAAAACCAGGCCCGCUGGGUUCAGCAGCUCAUUGACGACAUGGUGGCCUUGUUCAAGGCAACAGGGGAUGCCAACUUUAACCUCAUUAUCACUGACUACAACAGCACUGACAUGGAUGUGAGGGCCGCCCUCAAGAAGUCGUCCCUGCCCAGGUACCGCUAUGUAAAGCUUCGUGGUAACUUUGAGCGCUCUGCUGGUCUCCAAGCAGGUAUCGACCUGAUUGAUGACGAGCACAGCAUUGUGUUUCUUUGCGAUCUUCACAUCCAAUUCCCUCCCUCCAUCAUGGAUAGCAUUCGGAAACACUGCAUUGAAGGAUUCAUGGCCUUUGCCCCGAUUGUUAUGAGGCUAGACUGCGGCGCCACACCCUCGGAGGGCAGAGGUUACUGGGAGGUGAACGGCUUUGGCUUACUGGGCAUUUAUAAGUCUGAUCUGGAUGCGGUGGGAGGAAUGAACACCAAGGAAUUCACCAACCGUUGGGGAGGUGAAGAUUGGGAGCUCCUCGACAGGAUCCUCCAGGCCGGACUAGAGGUUGAGCGGCUCUACCUACGCAACUUCUUUCACCACUACCACUCCAAACGUGGCAUGUGGAACCGUCAAGUGUCGCCCGGGGAAAGGUGACCCGGUCAAAACCCACGCGAGACUGCCCGGAGCACUUUACAGCCGGGCUCUGCUGCUUUCCAAAUGCCGUGACUAAUGACCAGCGCAGCAGGGUUGCACGGUGUGACCAAUCAAAGUCGUCGCUAUGGCGAUGGUGCUGAUAACAUCAUAGAUGUUUCCACUUGAUGUACUGCUGACUACAAAAAACGGUACUCGCUGGCCAGGUUCUGCUCACUAUGCAAGAGUAAAAAUGAAGACAAUCAUGCGUGAUGAUGUGCACACCUGAAUGCGACACUCCAAGGAUGCGUACACUCAAGUGUCUUAAAUCUUGCACAAUAGUCUUAACUGGAUUUAUUUUUAGGCAGAUAGUGUAUAUGAUGCUAUAAAUUAUGGAAUCUUAACUUAUUGUGAAAUUUUUAAGUGUGUGUUUUGUACCUUGUGUCUGUCGUGGCCUCUUAAAAUUUCCUCAGCAUUUUCACAUGUGCCUUAUUCAUAAUAAUGAUCCUUUUUAUGUUCUUUGUCCACCAAGGGUGGUAUGGAGAUUAAUAGCAGGAGGAUUUAAGGAUUUUGCAGCAAGCAGAAACCUGACUUGAAUAAUGUUCAAAUGGAAGAAAAUUCUGUGUAACCUGUAUAUAUAAACGCACACACAAACGCACACCUUUUCUGCUUGUUCAGAUUCCUGUUAAAUAGUAACAUUGAAGCAGCACAGUCAGUUUCUGUAGUUGCACCGAGCAGCUUCUGCAUGAAUUUUGUGAAAUCCUUUAUGCAGUGCUUUUCUAAUGAAUUCAAGGAUUCACUGCUGCUUUUUCUUUACUGGCUGGCAGCCAGUUUAGGGCGUACCCCGCCUCCUGCCCGAAGGUUGCUGGGAUAGGCUCCAGCACUUCCGCGACCCUUAUGAGGAUAAGCGGCUCGGAAAAUGGAUGGAUUAUUAUUAAAAAAUAUACCUCAUUGCUCCCAACCUUGGGAGUUCCUCUCUUGACUUUUGUAAUAUGUAAGAGUCUCUUCUCUCAGGGACUAUUUUUUAAUUCACACAGUUUCAUGAAUAAAUGUACCCAAAAGAAUGUGUUGAUUGUUUUUAUUCAAUGUAAAUUUGAUUCAUUUCGAGUGUUUUGUUUUUCUGGACUGACUGGAGUUUGCUUUUGGGUUUGCUCUACUCAUUAUUACACUUAUCAAACGCCUCUCAGUAGUAGUGAGAUGAUUAGCUCCUGGGUGGGUAUUAUAAGCUAUAUAUAAGCUCCAGUGAAAAAUAUGUGACUGAAUAGAUUACCUGGCUGUAGUAUUGGCUUUAAAAUUACAAUGAA